UCUGAUCUUUUCAAUUGCUUGAAAGAUCGGUUCUUAUCUCUCAUCAAACGGAAAUCAAACAAGUCCACUAUGAAAUUUGCAUCCGCUGCCAUCGCUGCUGUAUUCGCUGAAAGCAGGAUGUUCUUUGUCCGAGCCCAGGCCCCAGUGGGGCGCUACGAGCUUUUGCCGGCAGGAGAUGGCGUCGGUGAUACACCUCAUGUAAAAAUUGAAGACCUUGAAUCGUUCUCUGGAAAUGUUUACAUUGAAGUAUCGCAGGAAAAGCUCACCAGCGUCGAACUGGAGUUGUAUUCGGCACCAGAAGGUGACGAUAAGGAAUGUACUGAAGGAACUCUCAUUGCAGAUGGGGUUUCUGUGACGUCUCCAGUUGUUGUGCCAAAUGACAGUCCUUAUCUCGAAGGCAAGGCUACCAGCGAUGGAGUGGUCGGUAUGUUUGAUUAUUGGUCCGUAUUUUUGUCUUCUGUCAACGUGGUGAAAUAUUCUCAUACGCGUAUUGUUGCUGUCUGUAUUGUGUAAUUGGGUGUAGCGGCUGUCGGGUUCAGUAUCGCCGAUUUCCGCAGCAAACCUUUAAUCUACACAGAAGAGGGUGAUGGAAAAGGCGUGGCCAAACUUUGUGCUCGAGCGGCCCUUAAGUCGGAUUUCGAUUAUACCCAAGAGGGCACUGAGUAUGUGUCCUAUAUGGACGCAGAACUGACGGUUGAUAUUGACACCACAGGAAGCUUUGGAGACUUUACGCAAACAGUUCAACUUCUUGAAUCGUCAAAGGUUUUGCAGACUGAGACUUUCGAAAACAUUGUACCCGUUGAGUCGUUCUUGUGUGGCGACAGUGGUGUCAAUGACGGUAAGCCAUUGGUCAACAAGUACAAGGUUGGUCAAGACUUCCAGGUGUGCGUUCGUCCAACCGCAGAUUAUCAAAAAGAAUACAAAGUUGUGGGGUUCAAGAAUGUUGUCUGUGGCAACGACGUCGAUCUUGUAGAUGAAAAUGGAGAUGCGACAAAUGAUUUGACCAGUAUCUCACUCGAUGUUGAAGACAGCAUGGAUGAAAAUGGAAAUGCAAUGGGAGAGCGCGCUGGAGCAUUCAAGGGUGUGAUCGUCCCGUCAUAUUUUGAUGAUGCGGUAGACGGUGCUAUCGAAUGCUCUGGUCAAGCAGUUCUGGAGUACGAAGAUCCUGGCAAAACAUGUACCUAUAUAAUCCCCACCAACGAGAUUGUACUCCCCGAUCACUAUCAUAUCAAAGUUGGUUUUUGUGUCAGAGACGCAAAAAAUGCAAGAGUACUCUAUGUCGAUUAUGUCAACGGGAACCCAACCACUAGGUUCGCCGGAUCUGAAAUUUUCGGAUAUUUCGAAAAUGUAGGAGUUGGUGAUAAUCCCCCUUCUCUAAAUUUCUCCGGAGAUUGGCCUGUUGUUGAACAGUUUUGGGACCCAAGUCAGAAACAAAAAUGUUUGGGGAUUGGGGAUUAUUUGCGGAAUUCAAAGUUUAUGGUAAGUUACCUUCUAUAUAAUAUCAGUAGUAUUUGCACAAAAAUCGAUGCUCACUUUGCCAACAAUGACUCGUUUCGAUCUUGGACAAAGAUUAAAGAAGACCUUGAAAACCAUCCUCGAUUCAAGUAUGCUAUCCAAGUCGAAAAAGAUUUCGAUGAAACCGGCUCAUUUCGCGUUUGCGCUUACCCUAGACCUAAUUGGGAACGCAAUCAGUGGGACAUUUAUUAUCCGUUGUAUGAAGCAGGGUUUCGUGCACCCGAAGGCGGUUUUCAAUGGCAAUUUGACAUGGGUGACCCUACACGGCUACAUGAAGAACUGUGCAAGGAGGUUUAUAUAUCUAAUUGUGAAGAACAUCCGUACUCCGAUCGCCGUUUGACCACAAGUUUCUCGACCAAAUCUCGGGGACUCCAGGAAGGAUCUCUUGAGGAGCCCGGAGACAGUUCCUUUGUCACCACUAUCGGUCUUUCAUCGGAAGUUGUCGAUAUCGAUGAUAGCCUUACGGCUCCCGCAUUCAAUGUUGAGUUCAGCAAAAAGCUUGUUGCAGUGGCUGUUACCACUAUGGUCGUUGCAAUGGCUGCUAUUUAAUAGUACUAUCUUGCAAAUUGUGUGUAUUGAUUCGUUGAAAGGAGACAUAAAGCGUGGAUACGAUU